AUGUCUUUAUCAAAAGUACCAGUUCAUAAAUGUUUAGAAAAACUUCAAUGGCUUUUAGGUGUUUGGCGUUCUGAAUCGGCCAUAAUUCAACUUGAAGGAAAAUCUUUCUCGUACUUAAGUGAAUUCAAAUGUGAACACGUUGGUCAACCAAAUUUUAUUCUUCAUACCAAUGCAUAUAAUGUUCAACCGUUACCAAACGAUGAAUUAUUAUCAUGGACAAAUGAAUUAAAACCAUUUCAUCGUGAAAUGGGUUUUUUACGUGUUAAUCCAAAAGACGCAACAGCUACAAAUAUAUCAUAUUUAAAUGUACAAAAUGUUGGUUUAGCCGAUGUUGAAGAAGGAACUAUUAGUGGAAAAAGUUUUCUUAUUGAAACAAAAUCUAUUGGACGUUCAUGUUUUAAUAAUGAGCCAAGUGUUCGAUUACUUCGUCGAGAAUAUUCAUUAGAUAAAAAUGAUUCAAAUCUAAUUCAUGUUAAAGUUUUCAUGAGUACAAGCCGUAUGAAUGAAAGUGAACAACCAUACGAACAUUUAACAAUUCAAUAUCGUAAAAUAUCAAAUGAAUAA